AUGGCAAACGUCGCUCCGCCGCCUGCGAGCGAACGAAAGCGCGUCAAGGUCUACGAACUCAAGAACAACGACUGGUUCGACAGAGGCACCGGCUUCUGCAAGGGCGUCGUCGCCAGCCAGGAGGAAGCGAGGAUCGUGGUCCUCUCCGAGGACGACCAGUCGCGACAACUCCUCGAGACGCGCAUCUCCAAAGACGACGGCUACCAGAAACAGCAGGACACGCUCAUUGUAUGGACCGAGCAAAAUGGCACCGACAUGGCCCUCAGCUUCCAGGAGCCCGAGGGCUGUGCUAGCAUAUGGGACUUUGUCAAUGAAGUUCAAUCGCGGCUGCAAGCCCUCGCUCAGGACGAUGGUCUUUCAGACGACAUCGAUCACAUCAGUCCCAUCCUACUUCCCAGUCCCGACCUCGGCAACCUCCACGAAAUCGAGAACCACAUGCGCGCUGCAAAUUCGACCCCCGGCGGCCGCGAAGCCUUGGCCAAGUUCAUACUCGCCCAAGAUUAUAUACCAAAACUCAUCCCCUUGGUGGAUAUGGCCGAAGACCUCGAAAGCGUGUCAGACCUCCAUCGACUGUGCAGCAUCGUAAAGAUGCUUAUCUUGCUCAACGAUACCGCCAUUAUUGAAUACGUCGUAACAGACCCGGUGGUUCUGGGUGUCGUUGGGGCUCUGGAAUACGACCCGGAUUUUCCUCUGCACAAAGCCAACCAUCGACAAUAUCUCGCUGAUGAAUCCAAGUUCAAGGAAGUCGUACGGAUAGAAGACGAAAACAUCAAACGGAAAAUACAUUACACGUACCGACUCCAAUACCUCAAAGACGUGGUUCUUGCGCGCAUCCUCGACGAUCCUACUUUCAGCGUUCUGAACUCCCUCAUCUUCUUUCACCAGGUCGACAUCGUCCAGCAUCUCCAAGCGAACGGCCCAUUCUUGAAAGAGCUUUUCAGCAUUUUCUCCCCCAAAGAGCAGAACUUGUCGAGGAAGAAGGACGCCGUCUUGUUCAUCCAGCAAUGCUGCGCAAUUGCGAAGAGCUUGCAAGCCAACGUUAGGGCACAGCUAUAUCAGAACUUCAUCAGCAGUGGCUUGCUGGAAGUGAUACAAUUUGCGCUCAAGCACCAGGACGCUUCAGUUCGCGUAGCAGGAACCGACAUACUGGUGUCUCUGAUCGACCAUGAUGCCUUGAUGGUGCGAAGUUACAUCUUCAAGGCCAUUCAGGAAAAGUCAAAACCGCUCACCGAUACCUUGAUCGAGUUACUUCUCAUUGAGGUAGACCUUGGGGUCAAAGCGCAGAUGGCUGAUGCGAUCAAGAUCCUCCUUGACCCCAAUGCCAACUCAGCUUCCAUAGAAGCCCUCGGGCGGACGAACAGCGACUUCCUGGCCAAAAUGAGGGGGCAACUGCCAUCUAUACCCCAAACAGACUCCUUCAUACAGAACUUCUAUGACGAGUCUGCGAGGAAGUUGUUCCAGCCUCUCAAGGAUCUUGAGGGCCGAGAGUCGAUGGAUGACUUAUCCAUGCAAGAAGUAUCGCUUUACGCCCAUUUAGUCGAGGUUCUGUGCUUCUUCAUCCGUCAACAUUCUUUCCGUAGCAAAUACUUCAUUCUAUCAGAAGGUCUGGCAGUGCGGGUUGCCCAGCUCAUGGGUUGCCCAGAGAAGCAUCUGAAGCUUACCGCUCUCAAGUACUUCCGCACUGUUCUCGGCUUUCACGAUGAGACGCACAACCGCCAGAUCAUCCAGCACGAGCUGUUUGAACCGAUCUUGAAGAUACUAUACGAGACCAUGCCGCGCGAUAAUCUCCUCAACUCGGCGUGCUUGGAGUUGUUUGAAUUCAUCAGGCGCGAGAACAUCAAGAUGAUUGUUCAGCAUCUUGUCGAGACAUAUAGAGAAAGAUUACAGGAGAUUACGUACGUGGAUACGUUCCAAAACCUGAUACUCAAGUAUGAUCAGAACCAUGAGCCGGUAACGACCCAAGAGAUGGACAAUUCCUUUACGAGUGUGGAUAGCGACACACCUGCACGACAUGCCGCGGCUGUCAAUGGUGGCAAGUGGGGCCAAGGCCUGAAAGAUGCAGACCCAGAUGAGGAGGCAUAUUUCAACACAUCAGACGAUGAGGAUGAUCAUUUGUCUGGGGCCGGAAAGUUGGCCAUGAAUGGCGCAUCGCCAGUGCGACCCCUCGUCAACUAUCCAGAUGAUGAUGCCGACGAUGCCGAUAUGGACGACCUCGCCACCGAUAUGCCCGCCUCCGCUCACAAAAUGUCGACAACCCAGUUGCCAGAAGGAAGUACGUCCCCCAACUCGACCUCCGCAGGAUCGCCACCAGAACGGAUAUCGGAGAAGCGCCGUAGAGAGGAGGACGAAGAGGACGAACUCCUCGCAAGCAUAUCCACCUCUGCUGGGCCAAAGCGACGCGCUUCCACAUCUAGUAACGCCAGUUCUGGAAGUUUGCGGAGUUUGCGUCGGAAGUCGCCUAAUGUCAACUCCGGCAAAGAUGGUGGCACGCCAAAGAAGAUAUCGUUAUCGAUACCACUCAAGAGCAGUGGUGAAGGUGGCGAAAGCGGAUAG